UGGAUCGGGGCCCGUUUUUGGAUCAGUUUGAUUUAUGGAGCCCGUAACAGCAUGACAGCUAACGCACCUCACGUAUCUUUUUUGUACUACUUUAGGCAACAUUUUUCACCAGGCACCUGAUCGCUCAACGUAUCUCCGGCCUGUGAAUCAUGCUUUUUAUCAGUUCGCGACGAAAAUAACGAAAAAUCGCGAUUUUAGUUUUACUGUGUGACAAAUAUUGUGAAAUUGAGUUGGUUAUUAUUUGAAAAAAUCGUUUUCUGGUGGUUAUCAUUGUUCAAUGUGAAUGUAGAAACCCGUUUAACCAAAAAAUUGUUGUCCAACAUCAUUUCAGUUUGAUUGCGGCACUGUAUGUUUGAUUGUUUUGAAAAAGUGAUAUUGACCUCAAUUAAUCACAUUGGUUGCUGAAAACAAUCAUGAGUUAUACGGAGGAAGAAUUGGAGCAGGCGGUCAGCCGAGUCGUAGAUGGAGGUAUGGGUCUGAGGGAAACUCAAAGGGCAUUCUCAAAUAUACCGUAUGGAACAUUACAACGUCAUGUCAAAACGCAAUGUGGAAAAAUAACCAAACCGGGAAAAAAACCUGUGCUUGAUGAAAACAUUGAAAAUUUAUUGGUUAUAGCAAUAAAAGAACUUGCUCACGUCGGAUUCGGACUAACUCGAAAAGAGAUUUUGUUAGUUGCAAAAGAAAUUGAUGAAAAACAAGACCAUCCAGUUUUCAAAAAUGAACUACCCAGCAAUAUGUGGUUUACACGUUUUUUAGACCGCCACAAGUUGAGUUUACGAAGUACAAUGAGCAAAUCAUUGGCGCGAUUAGAGAUGGAGCUCCCAGCAAUCCGGGAUGAAUUUUUUGAAGCCUACGCAAAAAUUCGAAACGAUUACAACAUAUCUGGCAAAGAUAUAUAUAACGAAGACGAAACCGGGAUUCAAUUUGUGUGUAAGUCACCGAAAACAGUGGCUAAGAAAGGUGAGAAGUACGUGUAUGCUAGAAAAAGUGGAGAACGCAGUGUGAACAUAAGUAUAGCGAUGUGUUCAAAUGCUCUCGGUUCCGUAAUCAUUCCGCCAUUUCUGAUAUUCAAAGGAUUGAGUUUUUNGUCUGAUUUGCAUACAGAAUGUUUUCCGGAAAAUACAAUUUUUGCUAAUAGCAAAAGCGGUUAUAUGGUAACAGAUAUUUUCGCAGAGUGGCUCAGAAUUUUUGUUGAAAACAUACCUCCAAAGCGCCCAGUGUUACUUCUUCUUGAUGGCCAUGUUAGUCACGUUUCUUUAAAUGCAAUCGAGUUCGCUAAAGACAAUGGAGUACUUAUGUUAUGCUUCCCACCCCAUACUACCCACCUGUUGCAACCGAUGGACAAUGGACCCAAUAUAACCCUGAAAAAUGCGUUCAAAGAUGAAUCUAACAAAAGGAUGAGGAAAAUGAAAAGACGUCUAAAAAAUGAGGAUUUUGGUAAAGUCUUCAAGCAGGCAUGGGAACGUACAUGUUCACAAAUGACGAUGAAAUCCGGAUUCGUUAAAACUGGACUUUGGCCUGUAAAUCCUGCCAAAAUGCUAAUUCGUGAAAGGGACAACGAAGCUUCUUCCCAACCAGACUCAUCGUUAGAUGUGCAAUCCUGUUCCACAACUUCUGAUACUACGUUAGACGUGCAAUCCUGUUCCAUAACUUCUGAUACUACGUUUGACGUGCAAUUCUGUUCUACUCCAAGUUCAUCUUCCGCACGCGAGCAAGCGAAAAAAUCGAAAGGCGAGCAAGCAGUAGUAGACGCAAUUACUGCUUUACUUCAACCUUCACCUCAAAAAGAACAGAUCACUACUCACUCUCGAAGGAUUCAUGUCAGCAGGUGUAUUACAUCCGAUGAAUAUAUUGCCGAAAAAAAAAGAAUGGAAGAAGAAAAAGCGAAAAAAGCUGCUAAGCCAAAAAAACGCAAAGGUGCUCGAGUUGAAAUGAGCAGUGGCGAGGAAGACGAAGCUUACGUAGAUGAUCCUGACACGCCUCCUCCAAAAAAAACGAGAAGAAAAAAACGCAAAGCUGAUCAGGUUAAAAUUUAUACGAGUAGCGAAGAAGAAAACGAAGAUUACGACGAUUACGUAGAUGAGCCGCCUCCUCCAAAAAAGACCGAAACGAGAAAGCGCAAAGCCAACCAGGUUGAAAUGAGUAGUGAAAAAGAACUUGUCGAUUCAGAAAUAGAAGAGCUCGAUUAUGUAAUCGUCAGAUUCCCAGUCUCACAAAAUAAUAGAGAUCGUUUAUGGAUUGGACAAGUCUUGAAAAAAGAAAAGCGAUCAGUCACGGUGAAAUUCCUUAGAAAAAAAGUAUCGGAGAAAUUCGGAGCCAUCUUUACAUACCCGAUUACAGACGAUACCAUGUCCGUUAACCAUUCCCAGAUAAAAAGAAAAGUGAAAAUCAAUUAUAUAAAAAGAGGAGUGCAUGUUUUUCAUUUAACAGACGAUGAAAUUAAAGUUGUGGAGUAAUUUUUUAAAUUUUUACACGUAUUACAUAUGUACUAUGUAAUUUACUAUAUAAUUAGUAUGUAAGUCAAAAAUCUGC